GUUGGAAUCUCGGUUUAUACGCGGCUUAAGCCUACACUCUCCACACUUUUCGCUUCACCCCGCCGCCAAGCCACCACUCAACCAGUUUACACUCUUACUUCUAGUCUUCUUGGAUUGAUCCAAAAUACCAAAGCCCAAACAGGUUAUGUUUACGGACUUGCAGUUAGCAAGCUUUUGUGCUUGAGGCUAUGUUUUUUUAAAACUUAUUUAUUUAUUUAUUUCCUUUUGCCUUUUUUAAUAUUGUGAAUAUUAUGAACACUCUACUUUGUAAAUUAUGCUCUUCAACACAUUCUUUGAUUUGCCUUUUUGGUGGGAAGAGCAAAUUAAUUCGAAAAUAUAUACAGACUAUUACCCAAUAUACAAUAGGAAUAGAAUUCGAGAAGAAUGAUCCUCGACAGUACAUUUGCCUUACCUGUAUUAUACAAGUCUACAAUUGCUAUGUUUUCAAGAUAUCCUCUUUGGAGAAUGAUAAAAAAUUUAAGACCACACUGAUCAAAAAUAAUGGCAAUAUGGGAAAAAUAGCCCAAGAGGACAAAGAUAAGCUACCUGAACUUGACGAACUGAAACAGACCUUUGUUCCUUGGUUGCUUGCAAAACGUGGUUCAAGUACAAAUAGUGAAAAUGAAGAAAAAAUCAAACACUGCUCGAUACAAACUGAUGUAUCAUCACUAAAUAUGGUAAAUGCUUACAGUCAGUGUGAGCCAAAUGAGGUCAAACAUACCUUUGUACAAACUGACUCGUCUCCGUUAAACACAGUAAACACCUACAGCCAGUGUGAAAUACUAGCUGUGCGACAUAAAAAACAAAUGAGGGAUAAGAAUAUUCAGACAUAUAGUGACAAUUAUAGUAAAGCUUGCCAAACUGAUAAUGAGAAUGAUACUAUCAAAACUAGAGACAUUUCCUCUCAAACGGAUGACUAUAAAAAUAUGUCGAAGUGUGAAAUAAGAAAUAGUUUUAGUAUAAAAAGGAGUUUGAAAGAUGACAAUAUGUUACCAGAGAAGUGUGUUGCACAACUUGCUACAUUUGUUGAAAACAGUUUGACAGGAUGCAAAUUACCUGAUAAGACAGAAUUGAAGGUUAUUAUAUCGGACUUUGUAGAAGAUAACAACACAUUAUCAAAAGCAGCUAACAUGAAUAUUGCUGAAGAAAAACCUAUAUUAAAGUGUGAAGAAAGUCAUCUAUUGGAAAAUAAAAUUCUUGAAUCGGAUGAAUCUUAUCAAAAAUUGGAGGAGGAUACGUUACUAAAAACACCAACCGGCGUAAAAAAACCUAUACCUAGCUUAAACUCAUUUUCGGUCUUAUCACCAAGAUCUUCUGGCCUGUUAUCAGUCAAAGAUAAAGUAGAGCAUGUUCAUAUUUGUUCCCAUUGUGAUGUUACUUUGUACUCGAAGAAAGAAACGAAGUUGCAUAGGAGGACACAUCUAAAAUGCAUAUUUUGUAAAAAGCGCUGCACCAGUUUACGGAAAGUUCGGAUUCAUAUGGCUUUCGAUUGCGUGAAACGACCAUUACCAAUAGUUCAGUUAGUUCCAUUGGAAAAGUCUGUAGAUAUUGAAGCAAAGUAUCCCCAGGUUGUAGAAAGGAUCAGGAAUAAGAGGAAAAGAACUGACAGUGACAUGAGUUUGUAGGAAUUCAUUAAAUAUUUUAUUUUAUUGUAAAUGUUUUAUUAUUUUUCCAAAUACAUGUCUAGAAUCCCCCCCCCCCUUCUUCUAGGCUGAGAUCUCAAGUACCACAAAAUAUAAGUUGGCCAUUGGCCCAAAAUUCUUCUGGUGUUUGCUUGCUGUUAACAUUAAAUAAAUUGACUGUUAGAUCUAUGUAAAAAUCGCCAACUAGGAAGUUUCCUAUAGUCUCUUAAGUGCAAUGGUCUCUUCAGCAAAUAAAAUAUUAGGACACUGUGUGAGAAACUGGUCGGGUUUUGCUGAUGUGUACAGCCUUAACAGAAUAUACAGGGUGGUCCAAAAGUCGGAUACUAUUUUGGUAAGAGGAAAGCGCAACGUACUGUGAACAGUCAUAAAGGGUGUCUCAACAAGAGUCCCGGAUUUGAAUUUGCCGCCAUUUUUUUCGGGCAAAUGGGAUGGUCUUUACUUGAUGACAGCUGUCAUAUCCACACCACGCAUUCAAAUCGGCACGGGUAUCAAGUAAAAAACCUAUAAAACGUC